AUGUCGGCGCAACAACCAUCGCCAUCUCCAGCGGGAUUCGUCCCCGAGGAGGAAGUCAUCCAGAACAUGGGCAACUCGGCGCCCCUCGACAUCUCCGACAUGCCCGGAGCCCCAGCCACGACCAACAACGCCACCAACCGCGAAGAGGUCCUCGUGCACUCCCUGGUCGCAGCCGCCCACGCGACCAUCGCCAAGGUAGACCCUACCAACCAGACGACCCACCAGGUCGGCGCCGCGGCCCUCAGCGCGGACGGCCACACCAUCUUCACGGGGAUCAACGUGACGCACUUCAACGGCGGGCCCUGCGCCGAGCUCGUGGUCCUCGGCACGGCCGCCGCGGGCGGGUGCGGCACGCCCGGGACCCUCACGCACAUGGUCGCCGUGCGCAACGACGGCGUCACGGUGCUGAGCCCGUGCGGGCGGUGCAGGCAGGUGCUGAUGGACCUGCACCCGGACAUCCGGGUUAUCGUCGAUACCAACACCAGGAAGAAGGGACCGGCCGGCGAGGCAGCGGAGCGGGGAGGUGGUAGUGGCGGUGGUGGUCUGGGUAGCUUGCGGGUCGUCAGUAUGGACGAGCUGUUGCCGUUUGCUUAUCGCAAGGCGGACUGGAGGGCUGCUACGCCUGAGAAGGGCUCUGUGUCUAAGUAG